CUCUGGCCAGAGCCCCUGCCUUACAAGCAGAAGCUGCAGGACACUGACCGGGGGAGAAGUUGGGAGGACAGACCAAGUAACAAAACAUGGCCCAAAUCCAGCAGCCAGAGCCGGCGAAAGAGAACAGAACUCUCCCAGACACCCUGACCAAGGAGAUCGACCUGGUCCAGAGGGACCCCAAAAAUAUCAACCAGGAGGUGGUGCAGGUGGAUUUUGAGGACGUCAUCGCAGAACCCGACAGCAUCCACAGCCUUGACGGGGUGUGGAAAGCAAGCAGCACCACCUUCACCGUCACUAAAUACUGGUGUUACCGUGUGCUCUCUGCUAUUUUCGGCCUACCCCUGGCUCUGCUCUGGGGCUUCCUCUUCGCUUGUCUGUCAUUCUGUCACAUCUGGGCUGUAGUUCCCUGCGUCAAGAGUUACCUCAUGGAAAUCCAAUGCCUGGGCCAAUUCUACUCCGCGUGUGUCCGUACCUUCUGUGACCCAAUCUUUGAGACUGUGGGCAAAGCACUGGGUGGCAUUCGGGUGGCGCUCAGGAAAGAAGUCUGAAGGCCAAAAACUAAACUGAAGCCAACAGACAAUGGGCUGCAGCGGUUAAUAUAUGCAAAAAAAAAUUCUAUAAAGAUGGUCCUUCAAAGAACUCACUUUCAAUUACCAAUAUCAUUAGGCCAAUGGACCAGAUUAGGUUCAAAACCCAAAGAAGCACACAAAACAGAAGAGGGUAUAAAUACCAUAUUUUAUUGGCAUUGUAUGCACAAACAGCUGUAUUUUGGUGAGAACUGGAGAAGGAGUAGAGAAUACAAGGCCUCGGUUAUAUAGUCUUAUGCAUCCAUAGCCACAGACAUUCUUUCAAGACUCCACACGGGCCCCGAAUACUUCAAGAAGUCAAACUAUUCUCCCAAACUUGAAGGUCACAGUAAGGUAUGGAUAGUGUACGGCUCUUCUCAUUACACAUGGGGGGGGGGGGGGCAGAGAAUCAUGGGUACCCUAGAGCGUCGGUAACCCAACUGCCAGAGAGCUUUAUUUGGCAGGGAGAAGCAAUGACAGAGGGUGGUAACACUGUAGGGGGGAACCACAAAGCGGGGAUCCAAGCAAAGCUACAAGAACAGACAAUCUAAGAAAGGUGCGAGGUCCGCAGAACCAUCGGCUGUCUUUUGUGCCAUUAAUGUGGGAAAUGUAUUUGAACCAUAAGCUGCCUGAUUGACCCGGAUGUCUCAUUCCUGUCACAAUGGAGGAUAAUAAAAAGAUUUUGUGUAUA